AUGCCGGAAACAAAAAGAUUUGAAAUUAAAGGGAAAUGUAUACUUUUUAGGGAACAACGUUACUGUAUCCACAGCAAUAAAGUAAAAGAAAAGCAGGGCCAUCAUGAAGUAAAGAAUCCACAUUCUUCUCGGGCAAGAAAUACACAUUGUACUGCCACUAUCCAUCUUCGACUAGAGCAUCAACGACUUUCACUAAUCCGUGAGAAAUUUAUUGCCUUAUUCUGGGAUGGGCACUCCCCAGCUUCAGCAUUACAUGUUUUUGAAGAUGAGCUCUAUUUAAAUACUACAAAUGAACAGGAGCUAUUGGAGAUUCUAGCAGAUCGAGCCUAUAAUCCAGGUUACGAUUACAUUGCUAAGUUGUUUUAG